AUGAGGCGUGGAGGUGUUUGCAAGGAAGACAAAGAUUGUCCUGUCGGAUCAGGAUCCAUUUGUGUCAACUCACAAUGUGUGGGAGCAAUUAAAUGUCAGACAUCUGCUGACUGUCCUGUCGAGCCAUACAUGGAAUGCAUAAGAUCACAAUGUCAGGAAACUAGCUAUCCAUGUCGCAUAGAUGCUGACUGUCCUUCUCGUGUUCCUAUGAAAUGUUCGCAGCAACGUUGUGUAAGAGACAACGACUUCUGCAACAAUGACCAACAAUGCUACUCAAGAGGAUUCAAAGUCUGUGUUGAUCAUCGUUGUGUGAAGCAACAGCAUUGCCAAUCAAACAGAGACUGCCGCUCGUAUCCAGCAGAAAUUUGCUUAAAUUCUGUAUGUGCCGAAGCGUCCAGAUGCAGAGAUGAUUCAGACUGUUCGCAAAAUCAGGGAAUGUUCUGUAUAGCUUCUGUGUGCCAGGAGCUUCGUCAGUCCUGUUUGCUGGACUCUGAUUGUCCAUUGGACCUUUGGGUGUUCUGCAUCAAAAACAAAUGCACAAAGCUUGGACAACGUUGUUCUACUGAUCGUGACUGUCCACCUAAUUCCUUCUGCGUAGGAUCGAAGUGCAACAAGCCUAUCUCCUGUUACUCGGACUCAGAGUGCUCGAAUUUUCCUGGUGCUUACUGUCUCAAUUCGAAAUGCACGAAUGCACUCCCUUGCCAAAAAGACUCGGAAUGCCAAGUUAACGAUGAUGUGUAUUGUGUCAAUUCGGCGUGCAGAAAGCUUGGACAGCCUUGUGGUAGAGAACAGGAGUGUCCCUAUCAACCAUUCGUAGAGUGCGUCGAAGUAAAAUGCGUAAAAGCAGGCCAAAUUAGCUCCUGCGAGACGGAUGCGGACUGCCCUUCCUUUCCACCAAUGGGGUGUCUCCAUUCGAAAUGUGUGAGAAUUGGACAAAGCUGCGGAAUAGACAGAGACUGCCCACCCCGAAUGAGAUGCGUGAGCUUUAAAUGUGCGACACGUGGUCCACGUUGCACGACAAACAGGGACUGGACCCAACCCAAAUCCUAA